AUGCAGUCCGACGUGCGGCGCGCGAAAAAGAUUCUCGACAAGUUUUGUCCUCCGGGAUCGACUCGCGGACUUGACAAUGUCAUCCCGUCGAGCAUUAUGCGCAAAGCAAAAGGCAUCGCAAUCUUCACUGUGUUUCGUGCGGGUUUUCUAAUGAGUGCGCGCGUCGGAUCUGGAGUGGUGCUUGCGAAACUGCCGAAUGGCGAAUGGUCGGCGCCUACGGCCAUUGGGAUCGGUGGCCUCGGCGGCGGAUUCAAUGUCGGUGCGGAAAUGGUGGAUGUGCUGAUAGUGCUUGUAUCCAGUGCAGCGGUGCGCUCUUUUAUGUCGAUUGGAUCACUCCAGCUUGGCGGCAAUUUAGGUCUUGCAGUGGGCCCGCUGGGGCGCUCAGGCGAAGCAAGCGCGGCGCUGAGUGCUGAUAUGAAAAUGGCUGCCAUGUUUAGCUACAGUAUGAGCCGUGGCUUGUACGGCGGAGUGACGAUCGAAGGCACUAUUUUGAUCGAUCGCCAGGAUGCGAACACAAAGGUUUAUGGAAAGCCGUACACGCCAGAUCAGAUCCUCACGGGCGAAGUCGAUCCGCCGGAAAUUGCCAUGCCGCUCGUCACACGCCUUGAAGAGAUCACCAGCGAGGCUGCUGCAAACUGUGCAUCGCUUGCAGACGAUGCUUCAGAUUCAAGUAGUGUGCGUACAGCGCCGUGCUCUACCCUCGCCGGCGGCUACACAUCGUACGCGCCCGAUGCGUCCUCCCGCCGAUCCGCGCCUCCUCCGCCAGGCCGCGCCCGGCAUACGCAACGCAGUAAUACUAAUGAUUUGGACGCACGUACGAUGGACGACCUCGACAGGCAACUGCAAACGACACACAUGACAGCCCCGCCACCAAGACCGCAGCGCAAAAAAACAGAGCCAAGCAAGCCGCCCAGGCCCACAACACGUGCGCCCAGCUCGUCGUUCAACGAAGCUGGCUACGUCCCGUACCGUGGACGUGCCCCCCCUGUCCGGACGCCGACGCCUGAAGCAGGUGUAGAAGAGGAGGAUCCGUUUGCGGACAUGCAAUCGAGCAGCAAUUCCCCACCGUACAAGACGUACCAACCACGCAGGCGUGCUGCUCUGGUCGACGUCGACGACGACGACGACGUGAAUGGGGAGUCUCUAACACCCGUUGACGAGCGCCGUCCAUCGGUGGUCUCCCCGACGCUGCUGGAGAGCGACUUAGUCGUUGCGUUGCACGACUUUGAAGCUGUGGAGCCUACAGAUCUGUCUUUCCAGCGCGGUGACAUCAUCCGCGUCCUCAAGCGCACAGACAAUGAAGAAGAUUGGUGGACCGGCGAGCUGGCUGCGAGUUUUGGCGAUGGCCCGCCGCCGAACGGCACCUUUCCGUCAAAUUACACAGAGCCGCUAUAG